AUGUCAUACAACAAACUGGCGAUCAUCAGUGGUGUGUUUGUUAUCAUAUGCAUUCUGAUAAUUUCGACGACAGCCGGGCUGCAUGAAAGCGGUUCCAAGGUGGUCGAGAAGAUUAAGGAAUCCGCAAAGGAAGCAGCCAACGAUGUCUGCAACAACGACCGCCCAGUUUUUGGCAAGCCUACGAUCAGCGACUCCUUCCUCAGGCUCUACGAAUCCAUACGGCACCCCAUAGACGAUCCAUCGUAUACCGACGCGUCGGGAAAAGUACACGAAGUGAAAGAAGAUGCGCCAUGGUGGAGAGAACCACUUAGGAGCGAAAUAUUGAUUGUGGACAUCGAUACUAGGGUACCCAACAAGAAGAAUGAGCUGUGGAACAAAGACCGUCUGAACUGGGAGACGAUGAAGUCGGAGGGCGAUGGUGGUAUGGUCAGCGCGGCCUUUAUGAACCACUUCUUUUACGCGCAAAUACACGGCUACGACUACCGCUUCAUCAAUGCGCACGACAUGGAGGGAAUGCACAACACAUGGGUGAAGCCGCACGUUCUCCACGCCCUCCUUAAGAAGUACAAGUUUGUCAUCUUUAUUGACGCCGACGCAACGAUAAGCCACCUCGAAGUCCCGAUCGAAUGGCUCUUCAAUCGCUGGGGUAUCACACCGGAAACCAGCAUCGCCAUGCCCUUUGAUACACGACAAACGCUCAACGGCGACGAACACGCGUCCGAAGAUAGCCGCGGGAAGCUCGCCCUCAACACUGGCGUUGUUAUUGCGCAGUCCCUUCCACAUACCUUCGAUAUGCUAGAUGCAUGGAAAGAGUGCCCGACUGGUGUGCGCUAUCCAGACUGCAAGCGGUGGGCCAAGGAGUGGUCACACGAGCAGAAGGCGUUUUCGGAAUACAUUCGAUACGAUUUCAAUCCGAACGGUACCAACAUUGUCGAGAUACCAUGCAACGAUGCGAUGGGAUACCCGGGUCUGACCGAGCAUACAUGGAUUACGAGCAAGUGUACAGGCCAGUUUAUCAGGCACCACACGAUCGAUAAACAGCGAACGAAACAAAGCACCGAGGCAGCUAUGAUGCAGAGCUUGACUGAUUUGCUGCACCAGGAGUUGCAUGGAAAGCGGGAUACGUACUUUGUCAAGGAGAGCAAGGAGAGCAAGAAGACUAAGGUUGGCGGGGACGAGCCUGAUCUUAUACGCCUCACGAGUAGCAGAUGA